AUUGUAUGUCUUCUGUGUUUCAGACUCACUGCCUGUAAACUCAGAAACACAUCCUGUAAAGUGUUGGCCUCAGUUCUCAGUUCAAACCCCUCACACCUGAGAGAGCUGGAACUGAGUAACAAUGACCUGAAGGAUUCAGGAGUGAAGCUGCUCUCUGCUGGACUGGGGAAUCUCCACUGUAAACUGGAGACUCUGAGGCUGUCAGGCUGUCUAGUCACAGAGGAAGGCUGUGCUUCUCUGGUCUCAGCUCUGAGGUCAAACCCCUCACACCUGAGAGAGCUGGACCUGAGCUACAAUCACCCAGGAGACUCAGGAGUCAGACUGCUCUCUGCUGGACUGGAGGAUCCACACUGCAGACUGGAGAAACUCAAUGUGGAACAUGGUGGAGAGAACAGAAUGAAACCUGGACUUAGAAAAUAUGUCUGUGAUCUCACACUGGACCUAAACACAGUAAACAGACGCCUCUCUCUGUCUGAGAAGAACAGAAAGGUGACAUGUUGGAGAGAGGAGCAGCCGUAUCCUGAUCACCCAGAGAGAUUUGAGGGCUAUAGACAGGUGCUUUGUAGAGAGGGUCUGACUGGGCGCUGUUACUGGGAGGCAGAGUGGAGUGGGAUAAUGGGGGCUGGUACAGGAGUGACAUAUAAAGGAAUCAGCAGGAGAGGAAGGGGUCUUGAUUGUUGUCUUGGAUACAAUGACAAGUCCUGGAGUCUGAUCUGCUCUGACAACAGUUACAUUGCCUGGCACAAUAAUAAUGACACUACCAUAGACGUCCCCUCCUCCAGCUCCCACAGAGUUGGAGUGUAUCUGGAUUGGCCAGCUGGCACUCUGUCCUUCUAUAGAGCCUCCUCUGACACACUGACCCACCUGAUCACAUUCACCUCCACAUUCACUGAGCCCCUCUAUCCAGGGUUUAGGGUUUAUGUUGACUCCUCAGUGUCCCUGUAAAUAAUAACCUGACACACACACUGGACACACACCCACACACACACACACAUUGAACAUACAUACACACACUCACAUUGCACACACACACACACACACACACUGGACUCACACACACACACACAC